GGUAUUUAUUACCCUUCCCCCAUUCUUGCCCCAACGCGAAGAAAGGACAUCACAACGCAUUGUGGUCGGACGUCGACAAGGUUGGUCUUGGUACACCUUGUCUAAUACUUGAAGCCCAUAUUAUCAUAUUUAUACGACCAAAUUUGAUUCGAGUAUCAGCUUUCCAAUUUGUCCGCUAGAUGUCGCAUAUUUCGAUUAAUGGAAGUUAUUUAAAUUUGAAUGGUUUUGAAUAUCCAGAAAUUUCAGCCUAUCCAGACUAUAUUACAUGAAACACAAUGGCAUCAACCCAAGUAGUCUCCCUCAACAUUGGACAAAUGAAGCGAGUGCACUUCCCAACUGGAAGUGAUGAUAGGCCUGUAGAGAAUAUUCCACACUUUGUGAGUCCAAAAAAAAUGGUAAAGCCUACAAACAAUCAACGUAAGAGAAGUCUGAGUCUUACAUUUGAAAGCAAGCAGCAUCAUUUCAAGAGGAGACGCAAAGAAGAAUUUGUGAGACCCACAAAAUUUCUUCUAGGAGGCAACAGUCGAGAUCCUUUAAAUUUGGGCAGCCUAGCAGAUGAAAGAAUUAACAAGGCUCUAAAUGAACACACUCCAGAAUCCUCGCCACUACCAACUCCUAAACAUAGAAAGGAAGAAAUUGAAGUAUUAAUACCAUCAAAUAUAAGGGAUCCAUUAAAUUUGAGUAUGCCAGAUGAUGAUUUAGCAGAGAGAGCCCUAGUUUCUCCGAAUGCAGUGAUGAGGAAAAAGCGAGGACGAAACCGUAAACGAAGGAGAACGAACAGUGCCAGUGAAGUGCUAGAUGCGCGAAGAAAUUCACCUGAGUUAAGAACGCUCACAUUGGAUCUUCCUGUGGUGAAGCCAGUUGCCGUAGAGGUAGCAGAAAGUCAUGUUGCAGCCGAAACAAAACCAGAAAGCUCUACUAGUACGAGAGAAUUCAAAGAUUUAAAACUGAAACCUGAAGCGAUCAGGCAUUGCAGGCGGCCGGAAGACAAAAUUGUUAGCCCUGUAGUUCCACAACCUGGAGCUAGAAAGCGAUGUGGAUUUUUUCCAAGAUCACUUUCGAAAGAAUCUACUGCCAAAACUCAAAGUCAGCGUCCGUUUUCUCGGUGUCCUUCAAAAGAAAGUCAAAUGGCCGGAAGCAGUCAAUUAAAUAAUAAUCCUGAACAGUCCUGUUCAAAUCACAACGUAAAAGAGAUUAAGAGGUUUCAGUAUGGAAAUUACGAUAGGUAUUAUGGUUAUCGCAACCCCAAUUGCGAAGACCUGCGACUACGUUCGUUCUGGCGUGAGUGGUUCGAAGACAAAGACGUCCUGGAUAUUGGAUGCAAUGCAGGGCAUGUGACACUUUGCGUGGCUCGUGAUUUCAAUCCGAAUCAAAUCGUUGGAAUUGACAUUGACCCCAAAUUGAUAUCAAUUGCCCGCAAGAAUAUAAAAACUUACUCGGGCUCCCAUCCGAAUGAGCGCCAGUUCCCAGUUUCCAUGCCACUCAUGUACGGAUCCAUCCCAAGCACCAAUUCAUCUGCCCCAUCAUCCCGCUUUCCCGGCAACGUUUCCUUUGUCCAGGGGAAUUACGUACCCGAAAGCGACGAAUUCCUUCAAAUGGUCCAACCAGAAUAUGACGCUAUUCUUUGUCUUUCUGUUACGAAAUGGAUUCAUCUCAACUGGAAAGAUGCUGGACUGAAACGUUUUUUCCACAGAAUUUUCGCCCAUUUACGACCAGGAGGGAAAUUGAUACUCGAAGCGCAAGGCUGGGCGUCUUACAACAAGAGAAAGAAAUUAACGGAAACGAUUGCUCAGAACUAUGCGGCUAUUCAGCUAUAUCCUGAGCGGUUUCCUGAUUAUCUACUUUCGCAAGUAGGAUUUUCUACUUGCGAAGAAAUAGCAACCCCACAUCACGCUGCUAAAGGCUUUCGGCGACCCAUUCACGUUUUCACAAAACUUACAAGUAGUUGUCCUGCAACGCCCAAAGAUAACAUUGGGUGAGAAGUAACUGAAAUAUCUGUCGUUUACUAUUGUUAGCCGGGAUCUUCAACGAUUGUACAGUUUUUCUUUUUUUUUUUUUUUCUCCGUUCUUGAAUCGCUUUUGCUUCUCCAUUACACUCUUUGGCAAGUAUUCAGUAUAUUCCUUUCGAAUUUUUGAGAUCUCUGGUGUAUCCUAUUCCUGUUCCAAUUUCUUUUCACCUUGGAUUUUUUACAGCACCUUGAUCACGUCACUUACUAGUUUCAUUUCUUCGGUAAACAUUUUCAUUAUUGGAUGAAUUCAGUUGGAUUGGUGUGAUACGUUAGCACAAGAAUGUACAGUCAAUUAUAUUUUAUAAUAAAAGACUGUUAAAUCAGA